GUGACAGCUGGAGACAACUUAGAAAGUGAAAGAUAUUUGAUCACAGUUGAAGCAGCAAAAGGGAGUGAAAAACCUCCUGAAGAUCAGGCAAGGAAAGGAGAAACUCCAGCAAUGGAUAGAAAUGGUCUAAAACGUGCACUUCAGCCUCCAAGACAUCUCCCUGUGGGCUUGAAAAGGAAGUUCACAGGUUUCCAAGGGCCACGUCAAGUGGAAAAGAAAACACCAAGCAUGGAAGGAGGAGACGAAGCAACACCAUUGCCUUUAUCCAGGCAGUACCAGGGGAAUUUUCCAGCCAAGUUUUAUGUGGGCUCUCCCUUGUUUUCCAUGAUUUGCAAGAAGGAUGCAGACACACAUCUCCCUGCAGGAUUCCAGGAAGAUGCAUGUAGGGAUAAUGACAGAGAGCCCAUGUCUGUGUCCUCACUGCUCUCAGCUCAGUUUCCUGACAGGUGUGAGGAGGCAGAGAAGCAAAACUGUGACCAGUUUGUGGUGAAGGCAGAACCUCCUUUCAGUACUGGUCAUACCGGUCCCAGGGCAGUGUCUCACCACAUCAGGAGCACAGCGCAGAUAAUUGCCCUUCUGAAGUCUAAACCAGCCCAAGGACACAGACAGCAAACACCUGCAGGCACAGAGUGUCUUCCCAGCUUUCAGCUGUCAACAGAUGCAGGUUUAUAUGACAAAAGAAGUACCAUCCUCCCUGCUUUGUCAGGAGACUCUGCCAAGGGACUUGUUCCAAACCUCCACCUGCCUUUUGCCAAGGGAACUGGAAAUGAGAAACAGGACUGGAAUGCUGAAAUCCUUUUAAAUUCAGCUUGUGGUGGAGAAGCCACAGGACAAAGGCAUGACAAAAAGGUAAAUAAUUUAAGUCCAGAUGCACAAGAUCACUGCAACACACAUAGUUCCCUCCUACCUGAGUCCACCAUGAGCAUAGUGAGUGAAAGGCAAUUUGUCCCAUCCUCAGGUGACAUUUCACCUUCAGCAAGUCCAAUUCCCUGUCAAAAAUAUCCCUCUGGAUGCAGGCAGCAGUCAGGGACUAACAACCUUAGGGAGAAUUCAUCUGUGAAGGUGCAGAGUGAGCUUGAGCCAAGAGAAAAUCCAGAGGGAUUGCCUAGUGACCUGGAGCUCUCUGGGGAUGUGACAUGGGCUGAAGCUGGAAUUGCACAGGAGGAAUUAAGUCUGCAUGGCAAAGAUUAUUGUCCAGGUGAAAAACUGAUGGAGGUUAACUUUAAUCUCAUGGAGACAUUUGAUUUUAAUGACACAGACACUGAAGAUGUGUGUGAAGGAGAUGGGAAGAAGCUCAGAGAAGGAGACACACUUCUACAGGGUCCUGAUUGCUUACAGGGAGAAGAUGCAGCACAAAACGCUGCAUUGAGACCUCAUUCUUGCUGUGAAGAAAUGACACACAGCAGAAAUGAAGUCAAAUGUCCAACACUGGACAGAGAGGAUGAUGGAAAUCACUGUGCUAGGGAUAUUUCAUCUCAGCUUUGUGAAAGCAAUGUCAGAGACAGCAGGAGAGCUGCAGAACAUUCUGCAAACUGGACCAGGAUUGAAGUGGAACUUUGGGGUGGUGGACACAACACAGAAAAGAUUAAUCAAAGUCAAUUAAGUAGAGAAACCACAAGCAAUGAGGAGGAUGUGGAUGUCACACCACAGGUGAAACAUCAUCACUCUGAUCUUCUGCCUGGUGACACCAAUGUUAAUGACUGUCCCCCUGAAACCACGUUUGAGACAGCUGGAAACAUUUCAGGUAUUUCUCCCUGCAGAAUAACUUCUGCCAUGCAUAAGGAGACUGAGGAAGGUGCCACGCACCUUGGAUGCUUGGAAUCCCCAGAUGCUGGCACAGAACACUUCUGGGGUGCACCAGGCCGUCCUUUGCUGGCUGUGUCACAAAGAUCCCAUCCCAGCUGUGGCUCACUCCAGUCUGUUGCAGAAGACCAUCCAAAAGUGUUUGGCAUUUCACAUAAGGAAGAUGCUCUCAUUUCCAGUUCUAUGUAUCCUUUAGGAACAGGUUAUUCAUCUCCAGAGGGAACAGCAAUAGUUGUAAGAGAAUUUGAAAAUGCAGAGAGCGCAAAUGCCUCUCCUGAAGACAGGAAAGGUAAAAGAAUAGGGAUGGACUGCCUGGAAUUCACAGCAGGGAGUUCAUCAGGUCUUCCUGAUUUGGUGAACAACAUCGCUCUCCUGAGAGCUCUGACCCAACACAGCACAGCAUUAGAGAGCUUACAAAAGAUGGAGGAGAACAGCAGCAUGUUCUGUGCAACAGAGACUCCUAAGAUGUUUGAACCCUUUGUGAGUGAUGAAGCUGUAAAAGAGCUCACAGAAAUGUCUCACUCAGAAAGUGUACAGGCCUCUCCCUGUCCAUACUUUGAUCCUUCUGGCCUCAUGUCCAACUGUGUGGACAAUUUGUUACAGAAGACAGAGAAAUGUAUCUUGCCGGUAUCAGCAGCCCAGAGAGACCUUGGGACAUCUGACUGGCAACCAAAGCUUGUUGCAUUUCAAGGGCACCAAGUGAAGGGCUCAGCAGCCAGUGAGGUCAUGUUGAGAGCUCCCUGCUCACAGCUAGGAUGGCAGCAGGACCCAGGUCACCUGGAGCUGGCAGCUGAGACAUUUUUCUCACCCUUCUUUUCAAGCAGUUAUGACUUCAGGCAGUCUCCAGGUCCCACAAAUCUUCCUGAGGAUGAUCUUGACUUUAUCAGAGAAGGGAAUUUUCAAGUGAAGUCUGAUGUUGUUGAGGAGUCAAGAAUGAAUCAGUCCUCAGGGGAGAAAUCCAGUUAUCCAGAGGAAUGGCACCUCCCAAGGCUCAAACCCACCAUGAAAACAAGAACUCCAUUUGUCACUCUUCCUGCCACUGAGGAGAUUCCUGAGGUGUUUUAUCCCACAGCCAGCAAGGAGAUCCAGCAAUCCUUGGGCUCUUCAGAAGGCAAUUUGUGCAGUGAGCCAGAGGUAUUUCCUGAGAAUGCUCCUGGCCCCGAGGACAGGAAUUAUGGCACCUCCGUGUUUGGGGAGGACAUGGAAGAUGGACAAAGGGAAUGUGGACAACCAGUGCUUCCUGAUGUGCCUUCCCAACAUAGACAAAGCAAGUGGCUCAAGUAUCAAAACAGUGCUCAGUGUGACCUGAGCACUCAAAACAGCGAUGAUAAGGAAGAGACUGGUGACAUCUGUGCUGGGAACGUCCUUGGAAUGCUGUUGGGAGCGAGCAGAGCUGCGGAUCAAAGUGCUGCACCUCUGCUGCCAGCCAAGAGCUUGCCUGGGAAAUGCUGUGCAGACAGCAACCACCCAGCUUUGAUUUCAGAGGGGAAGUCACUUUCUCUGCACCUCAGUCAGACACCUUUGGCUGAGACAACACAAAAGGUGUUGUGUCACCUGAGCUGCUACUCCGGAACAGGAGACAGUCAGGCCAUAACAAUUUCUGAGCUGUCUUUUCCCAGUGUGGAGAAAGUGCAACAUGCUAAUGUUCCUCAGAGGCAGAUUUCCAUCCCAGCUGUGUUUCAGUCUCAUAUUCACUACAAACAGGUGUUUAAAGCUGCUCUGACAGAGCAAUUGAACAUAAUGCUGUUUGAGCUGUCCCAAAGGUUGCACAAGGCUCUCUCCAAAGUGGAUAUCUCAUGUUACUCUUCAGUGAAGGAUGGGCAAAGCCAGAGCCAAGGGAGCUCUGCUCCACUCUGCAACCACAUGCAACCUGCUAAGCUUGUUAUGGUGAAAAAAGAAGGUCAAAACAAGGGUCGUUUGUUCUAUGCCUGUGAUGCCCCUAAAGCUGAGCAGUGCUCGUUUUUCAAGUGGAUAGAGGAUGUGAACCCCACACAGACAAAAUCCAGACCCAGUGCAGUGCUGCAGGAUGUCAAAAGCAUUGGGACAUACCUCAGAAGUCAAAAGAUUGCUGUCUAUGAGGAAUGUCAGCUCUUGGUGAGGAAAACCUUUGAAAUUCAAGCACAAAGGUACAGUAAGUUCAAGAAACCGCUGAAUACCCCUGCCAGCCUUGAUGGUGAUUCCAAAACCAAGUUAUACCUCAAGCUGAGCAGAAAGGAACAUUCCUCCCUCUACAGCAAAGAUGAUAUUUGGGUUGUUUCAAAGACUCUGAACUUUGACCCCCUGGAAACCUUCAUUGCCAGCAGUGCUUUCUUUGGACCAUCCUCCAGCAAUGAAAUAGAGCUGCUGCCACUGAAAGGUUACAGCCCCUCAAACUGGAGAUCCAACAUGUGUGUUCAUGCCCUGCUGGUGUGUAAUGCCAGUGGGGAGUUGGCAUCCCUCAGGAACAUGGAGGAGCACUUCAAUCCAUCCACAUUGCCACUAAUCCCACACCUCCUAAGAAUGAAUUUUGGUUCUGAAAAUGCUGCUAAGAGAGUCAGCAAAAGAGGAUUUAUUCCCCCUGCCAUGAGCCUGAAACACUCAGUGAUGUCUGGACCUGUCAGCCCUGAAGUAGCAAUGGGAGUGGCUGAAGAGAUGAUCCAAAGGUUCUCCCUGAACCCAGACCAGGCCACGUCCCUGAUUCACAUAGCUAAGAUGAUGAGCUCCAGUGGCAACACCAACCCAGAGGGAGAACUCCAGAGCUUCCCUAUCACCAUCAUACGUGGUGUUUUUGGAGCUGGCAAGAGCUACCUGCUGUCUGUGGUCAUCUUGUUCCUCGCGCAGCUCUUUGAGAGCAGUGAGGCUACAGAGGGGCCCAGGGCAGUUCCAUGGAAACUCCUGAUUGCUUCUUCCACCAACGUGGCUGUUGACAGGAUCCUGCUGGGUCUGCUCGAGCUUGGCUUUGAGGAUUUCAUCAGAGUGGGAAGUAUUAGGAAAAUCACCAAAGCAAUUCUUCCCCACAGUUUACAUGCAGGCUCAGGGAAUGAAAAUGAGCAGCUGAAAGAGCUGAUGGCUCUCAUGAAAGAAGAUUUGACUCCAGCUGAAAAGAUAUAUGUAAGGAAGAGUAUAGAGCAGCACAAACUGGGGACCAAUAAGACUAUCCUGCAACAGGUCAAGGUGGUUGGAGUGACCUGUGCUGCCUGCCCCUUCCCUUGCCUGAAUGCUCUCAGGUUUCCUGUGGUGAUGCUGGAUGAGUGCAGUCAGAUGACUGAACCUGCCUCUCUUCUCCCUAUUGCCAGGUUUCAAUGUGAAAAGCUUGUCCUUGUUGGAGACCCCAAGCAGCUACCACCAACUGUCCAGGGGUCUGAGAGUGCUCACGAGCAGGGGUUGGAGCAGACCCUCUUUGACAGGCUGUGUCUCAUGGGACACAACCCAAUACUUCUUCGGACCCAGUACCGCUGUCACCCUGCCCUGAGUGCCAUCGCCAACGAGCUGUUCUAUGCAGGGAACCUGAGGGAUGGCAUUUCCCAGGAGGACAGAGCUCCUCUACUGGAUUGGCUCCCAACACUGUGUUUUUACAGUGUUAAUGGCAUGGAGCAAAUGGAAAGAGACAACAGCAUUUACAACAUGGCAGAAGCUCAUUUUAUAGUCAAGCUCAUCCAGUCCCUGAUUGCAAGCGGCAUAGAAGGAGCUGCAAUUGGUGUGAUUACUCUUUAUAAGGCACAGAUGUAUAAGGUUUGUAAUUUGCUCACUGGGCUCCACUCUGAGGCUUUUGAAACCAAACCUGUCCAGGUGUCCACGGUAGAUGCAUUCCAGGGUGCUGAGAAGGAAAUCAUCGUCCUGUCAUGUGUCAGGACAAGACAAUUUGGGUUCAUAGACUCAGAGAAGAGGAUGAACGUGGCACUAACAAGGGCAAAGAGGCAUUUGUCGAUUGUGGGGAGUCUGUCCUGCUUGAGCAGGAACAAGCUGUGGGGAAGAGUAAUCCAUCACUGCAAAGGCUGGGAAAAUGGAUUACAACAUGCAAGCCAGUGUGAGCAGCAGCUAAACCACAUUCUGAAGGGCUACUUGGAGCAGCUGAAGGAAGAGGAACAGAGAAGGAUUCAGA